AUAACGACUACCUACUACUGCUACUACUAUAACGAUACUAUACUCUACUGUACUUGGUCAACCUGCGCAAAGAAAGACAGACAGCUAUCAAUCCAUAAUGCCACUUCUACGCACCCUCACCACCAAGAUCAAAACCGUCAUCUCACCCUCCGCCUCGCCUACUUCCUCGGCCGAAUCUUCUCCGACGUCCCCACAAGUCUCGUCCUUUGAGGUGGUGAAUGGCCGGAAAGAAGGAGCUAUGGCUAUCAAGCGGCCUGAAACGUACCCAAGAUCAGAUUCCUUCAUGACAGACGCGUCCAACGCGUCCAGAGAGAAUGUAGAUUAUGCGGAGAAGAAGCAUAGGAUGAGUCGGUUUAGGGAGGAGUUGGAUGUUGGGUAUGAGUGAUUUGAGCAUGCCAGCGAGCUGGUUAGGUAUGUCUAAUGCGCUCCUUCUCUCCCUGAUACUCUACAAAUGCUAAUAUGUCCGUAGCUCUUCACAAAAUAUGAGCUUACGCUCCUUCGGCUUGUACCUCUGCCUCCGCAUCACCUUGCACCGGCGUCGCGGUUCCGCUCUUGGGCGGUCCACGGGGCGGCCCUCCAGCU